AGAGGAUCGAGUAUUAUAAGAAUGAAUAUCAGAAAUAUCUUGAUAGAGAUCUUGAAUGUUUCCAGGAGCAUUACUGUGUCUUAUUUCAAACAUAAGGUUAGCUAAAUGCUCAUAAUACAAAACUUUUAACGGUAAAACACCGGCGUCAAUAAAUAAAGGAUUUGCAUGCUGAUUUCGCUCAGAAAAAUAGAUAAAGCGAAGAGCUCGCUUUUGAAGCUUCAGAAGCUUUUCAAGGUGCGAUCCAGGCCGUCAAACCAUAAGUUAAAUAAGGAGCAACAAGGGAUCGAUAAAUAGUUAGAAGAGUAUGUCUUGGCAGAAAAUGCCGUAGUUUACAGAUCAAUCCUACAGUUCAGCUCAUUUUAAUAGCUACGUGGUCAAUAUGAUAUUUCCAAGAAAGAUUAUUGUCAAUUAUUAUACCUAGAUAUCUCACAAAUUCUUUACAUUCUAGAGCCACAUUCUUAUUUUGAGCAUUGUCGAAUAUCAUUAUUUUAGGGUAAUGGGUAAGUUUUCUCUGAGCCGGUCUAAAAAUGACAAAAUUUGUUUUUUUAUGGGAAUCAUUUUUGCCAUUUUUAGUUUAGUGGGAUACAUCCCAGUCAAAACAGAAAGAUUUAUUAUUUCCUCGAGUGUACUGCUGAUAACAUUUGACGAGUACUUCAACAGUUGAGUAUGACAUGAAUAUAAACCAUGAGAUUUGUUAAUUGGUAUGCGCAAAAUGUCCAAUUCCACUUCAGCUGGGGUAACUAGGUUGAAAGCAAACAAAGAGUCAGGAGAGUUGGAUCUGUUCAAAAAAUCAAAAUAAUUACGCUGAACGGUUGGUAACUUAUUUGCCAGCUUAGGUCCAACAGAAGCGAAAUAGUUUAAGAACGUUGGCUAUUCUACUUGGGUCACUGGUGACAGAAUCAUUGUCAUUAGGGUCCUUACUAAAAGUAAUAGGUUUUGUGUUCUUCAAUUUAAGGGCAAGGACAUUGUUUAUUCCCUACCACGUUUUUUUCAUAUGAAGUGAUCAUUAACAAAUUUAGAGUAAUAUUGCUGUUUCCUUAAACGCGUUAAGGUACAAAUUUUGUUCCCAUAGAUUUUAUAAUUGGCGGUGUCACUAGACGCAUAUAACUUAUUUUUAACUUUAAUGAAGAUUUGUAUACCUUUGGUAAUCCAUGGUUUAGAGAGUUGUUUUGCUUUGCGCUUUGACAUAGUUUUCAUAGGUGCAUGUUUACUUAUUAAUUUGUUAAAUUUGUUAUAAAAAGAAUAAAAGAAAUUGUCCGCGUCACACGGUUUUUUAUUUAAGAGUGCAUUCCAGCCCACAUUAGAGAGAUCAAAGUUAAAACUGCCCCUAGAGAAUCUAGAAAAGUCCCGCACUUUCGACUUUUUUGAUCUUAAUUUUAUCCCUUAUAGAUUUUAGAAUACAGAAUUGCGAAAAAUUAUCACUUAUAUCAGAGAUUAUAUUUCCACAAGCCACAACUUGAUCAGGAUUAUUAAUAAAGAUGUUGUCAAUUAGGGUGGCGGAAGUAGAGCGAACACGUGUUGGUUUGUCGAUUGAGGGAAAGAGAAAACAACUUUGAAGGGAAGACAGAAACUCGUGACUAUACGAAGAUGAUGCGCAUGCCCAUUUUAGAAGCUCAAUGUUGAAAUCACCCAUGAUUACGAUGUGUUUCCCAGAGGACGCAAGUCUUUCAAUAGUCUCCUCAAAAUAUGAUUGAAAGAUUUCAGGUGAGUUAUGCCGUCUAUAAAAGAUUCCACAAAUAACAUUUUUCUUAUUCACAAAGGAGAACUCAGUCCACAAUACCUGAAAAACUUUAUUAGAAGUCUUUUCUAAAAUACGAUAAUCAAGCAAUUCGUCAAUAAAUAUUCCCUGCGCGUCCAGACGUCAGAGGCGUUGGAACAUAUUCAAAUACGUAGCCAGGUAUAUGUGCUGUGCACAUUUGUGACUUAGCAUUGGUGAUUUUUGUUUCAGUCACUCCGAUGACAUUAAAAUGAAAAUCUACUUCAUGCAAAAGUUGAGUUUGAAGAUUUUCCAGGUUACAAUUAAGGCUGACUACGUUGUUAUGAAAAACAGAAAAGCUAGAGAUAGUCUAGCUCUCAUCUUUUGACAACUUUGUUUUCAUUUCCUUAAAACUAUGGGGGGAGAAAUAUCGACUAGUUUUUCUGCUAGAGGAAUAAUCAGCAGGGAUCAAAUCAGUAUGACCUAAGGUUGUAUUUAAGGAAAACAAAUAAGUCAUAUAUCCUAGUAAGCUUGUCUAAUUCCUUUUUAGUUUUACAUGUGGUCGAAACUGAAUUAUUAAACUGGCCAUGAAUUUCUGCCAAAUUUCCAGAACAACUAUAAUACGGUAAAACCUUCAAUGUAGAUCUAGUAGAUUUUACUGUAGUUUUGUUCGUGCCUUUCAUAGUAAUAUCAGUGAUAAAGCAUAAUAGUAGUUUUAACUUAGCUGCCAGGAUCCUCCGGUCGAGCUUCAGGGCGUUCACGCAGUCUUAACUUAGUUAAGUCGUCAAUCGACCUCAGACGAAUCGUCAUAGAAGAAUCCGUUUUGCGUAGGAAGAUUGCCGUGCGCCUUUUGCCAAGCACCACUUGUAGUUGUAUGUGUUUUGGUGCGCCUUCGCUGAAUGUAACAGCUCAUGUAGUCUCGGCGUGAGGUGGCUGUAAAUUGCUAUCCGAUUAAUUUCAGCAGUGGACGGGAGAUCCAGGUCCUCGGUAGUUAGUCGCUUGGCGUUACCUCUUGACGCCAGCACUGUGUCUUGUGUCAUCCCUCUAGUGAAUUUGCAAAUUAUCGGGUUCGGUUGUCUUCGGUUGCCGGUUGAAGUAUCUCGCUGUGGAACCCUGUGGGCAAUGUUGAUCUCUGAUGUGGAGACAUCGACUCCAAGGCCAGAAAAUAGCUUCACACACAACUCCGCGGUGUCUUGUGCAGAUUCGCUUCUGAGAUAAGUACUGUAGUAGAGCAUCUCGUCGAUAGCUUUGUCAAUUCUCUACGAGAAAAAUUUUCCAGAGCUUUUAACAAGAUCGAUUCUGACUUAACAAGGGCAUCGUAGCUGUCGCUGAGGAAUUGGACAUCCUGUGUGUUCGGUAAAGCCAUAACUGCCGCUUCGUGGCAAUCCUUUUGUUCCGCCAUCUUGGACUUGAUAGACUGAAAUUCCUUCUUCAGAUCAUUCAGUUGUCUCUUUAAAUCAUCGUUUUCUCUUCUUAACGCUUUCACUCUGUCUCCCAUUAGUCAACGAAGAAAAUAGAAACGAUCUUAACUAGCCUAACAGCAAAUACACAUAUGCGAGAACGCGGAGCGCUGGCUGAAGCGUCCGGUCAGUCUCGCGGCACGUGCAAAAAAAAAAAUCUUUCUCCUGGUAAGCACGGCAUAUAUUUAGAAAAUGGUAUUCGUCCUCCCUGUAUAAACAUUUGCUCCCCCCCCCCUUCCGGGAAAAAGAUUGUCUCAGUGUCAGAAAUUUCGGCCGUGAAUUUCAUAAUAGGGUGAUGAAAGUUUACUUGUUCGAAGAAGUUACGAUGCCUGCGUGGUUUGCUUAUGUCCCACAGGGAAAAAAUGUCAUCUCAGAUGUAGCCUUUUCAAACAGUUGGUUUAAAGACGGUUUUGCUUAGACUGCUUUUCAAUAUAUGGCAUGAAAAUGUUGGCGAAGGAAACUGCUGUCUUUGUUCCCUACCCGGUACCUUGGAUUUGUAGGUAGAGCUUUCCAUUAAACUGGAAAGAAUUUUCUUUGAGGAUUAAUCUAAGCAUUUCUCGCAAAUAAUGUGUAGGAAUAAGAGGGCUGUUUUCGUAGAAAUUUUCAAAUGCUCUGCCUGGAGCCGAACUAAUCGGCUCCUUGCUCUACAAACUAUUUUAAUGCUUUCGUUUAGUGGUAUAUUUGGGUAAAGACAUGUGACGUCCAUCGAAAAAGAAAUAGUCUACAGGGGUCUAAAAUGUUCCCUUUCACACCCUUGUCUUUUCAAUAAAAUUUAUAAAGUUGGUAGUAUCUUCUGUACCAGCAAAAGCGGAAAUUAUUUCCGUUGGACCAACUGAUGAGUCAAAUUUACAGACAGAGGUUAUUUCCUGAGCUAGAAAAAAUACAUGAAAUUACAUCGAUAAUGUCGGUCCAUUUCGGUAGUCGGUUAAUAUUUUUCCUGUUGGUAGUCGGGAGGUUUUUUUCGUGUUUUGUCGGUAGUCAGUAAUAUUUUUGGCCCUUCGUGGCUAGUCGGUUAACCCCAUUCACACCCUCAUAAUAUGCCACUUCUACUUGCGAUGAUCCGCCCUUGAUUGCUCACAUAAAAUUGCGUGGUCUAUCUCCUCUUCCCUGCGGAGGAUGACGUCUCUGUGGUUCGGUUUAAACUAUGGGUUAGACAACUCACUGGUCUAGAGUUUUGUUUCUUUUCGAUCUUAUCUUGUCGAUGAUAAUAUGAGAACCGUCACAUUUGCAAUCAUCGUAACGCCUUUUUCCUUCCAUAAAAAGGGCGUUCUUCCACGUUUUUUGGCACUAAGUUAAUUACUGUAAUUAUUAGACUACGAGGAGUCUCUCUUUCUAUAGUCCGUCGAGCAAAACGCGAGACACGCAAAUGGCCACGCGUGUGACUGAAGGCCCUCGUUUUGCGCGUCCCGCGGCUCCCGCGCUCGUGCACUGCUCUCACUAAAUCUGAAGUAGUCUAUGUAAUUAUGGGCUGAGAGAGCUUUCUAUUUUCUCGGGUUUAGCCUGCGAAUACACCUGUCUCUCCUCGCUCCUCGCCGUUGGGGACGUUUUUCGAGAAAAGACUGCUUUAUUAGCAGCCCACCGAGCCCACCUCGAAAAUAUAUUCAGUUUAUUCGUAAACUGGACAUGUGUGGCGAGUGCCUAGCGCGCACGCUUUAACCCUCUCUCAUCGCGCGAGCGCUCGUGCAUAUUUAAUUUACUCUUUGUGAGGUACUUUCCGGUUUGCGUUGAGAAAGGAAUUAGGAUGUAAGGAGUUUGUUAUAACGGAAAAGAAAUUCUUAAGAACGGAGGAGUUGGACCAAAAUUCCGCAGUAGCCAAUUAUUUUUUGUUCUUUUUUUCUUUAAAGACCGCCUGAAUAAGCCUCUACUUUUUGAAAAAGCGUUCAAAAAUGUCAAGAGAAGCUUCCUCCCAAGGGUUUUUGAUUGAAUCCGGGGAAACUCUAGAUUCAUCCAAGACAGAAGAUGUAAGAGGAAAGAAAUUACGACAACCAGACUCUUACUGGUCUUGGAUCGUGUGUGCAGUUGGUGCCAUUUCCGACGUCAUUGUAUUGGGAUCAGCCUACUGCUUCGGCAUGAUAUUUCCCCACCUUCUCGAGGAGUUUAAACAAGGAAAAUCUAAUACUGGUAGGUAUUACGAUAGCCUUUAACUCUCUAACAUCUUUCUUUGCUUUGUUAAAAAAGCCUGGUUACUUAUCUGCGCAUUCGAGGCGUUUUGUUUCCACGGUAUAGUUGGCCCGGCUAACAAUAGUGUAUAUGGGAGUGAGUUGCAACUGUACAACUGUACAGUACCGCAAAUGAUCCCCAACCGCAAAUGAUCCCGAGACCGGAAAUGAUCCCCAAAAUGGACCGCAAAUGAUCCUUGACCGCAAGUGAUCCCCAAAGUCGACCGCAAAUGAUCCCGUAAGAAAAAUAGGAAUGACUUGGACUCAAGUUGGCGGAUCAUCGUGUCGAUUUUAUUAUUAUUACCAAAACGUCAGAUUAAAAGCUAAAUUUUACUUCUCAAAUAAAUCUAUGAAUAAAAACUAAAUGAAAAAAAAAAAAAUCAUUUAAGUGUAAAAACGAAGUCGGUAGGCAACACACGACUUUUACCUCAAGCUAAAAUGCUGCUUGUUCCAAUGAAUUUUUUCCGGAUCUGGGAUCUGGCGGGUAGAUUAUACCUCGGAGCAAAACGUUUUGACUGAGCAAAUGUAAUUUUUGCCGCUUAUUUCACGCAUUUUCUGCGGUUAUUGUUGUUUCUGGUCAGCAUGAUUUGCCCUUUGAUGCAAGAGCAUUUCCUUUGACCUCUUUUGAAAUGCAGUGCCCUUCAUUGCCGCUAAUUAAGGGUUAUAGGUUGUUUAUUUUUUUCCAAAGUGCCUCCUGGAUCCGAAUAAUUAUAAGCGGUUUUCUUUCUCGUCCGUGAAUAUGACAGUUUCCUACGAUGUUUUGUCACGCGGUAACUACCGCUUACCUCGCUUUUGCGUUUCUCAUUACCAGGUUUAGAUUCCUGGUAACUGUCUCCAGCAAAGGCAAAACAAAUGAAUAUACAUAAAAGCGUCAAUAUAACUAUUCGCAACAUGUUCAUGAGUUGUAAGAAAGUUGCUGUUUGGAAAUAAACAGAAACCUGUGGACAUUGAUAAGUUUGGGGGCAUUUUGACUUGUGUUAAAUCAUGUCUUGUUUCGUAACGGUCACCUAAGUUACGAACAAAUGUCUUCCUGAUUAUCACGUAAAAUUAACACUUCAGAGAAAAAUCAAAAUUGAAUAUUCUGAAAAUUAAUUAAUUUCACACUUUCAAAAAGAUCAGUAAAGUCAAUAAAGCUCUUGUUAUGUAGAGGGUGCCCGGCUUUGUAUUCCUCAGCUUCUAGGCGUUAAAAUAAUAGAGUCUUUUCUGCGUAACGUCCUGCCUGUCUUAAAUUCUUCAGCGACGAAACAUUCUUGAAAGAAAACUGAAGCAAUUGAGGUAAGGUAAGCGGUAGUUAUCGCGUGACAAAACAUCGUAGGAAACCGUCACAUUCACGGACGAAAAAGAAAACCGCCUAUAAUUAUUCGGAUCCGGGAUUUUAGCGUGAGGUAAAAGUCCUCUUUUGCCUACCGACUUCGUUUUUACACUUGAAUGAUUUUUUUUUCAUUUAGUUUUUAUUCAUAGAUUUAUUUGAAAAGUAAAAUUUAGCUUUUAAUCUGUCGUUUUGUAAUAACAAUAAAAUCGACACGAUGAUCCGCCAACUCUUGAGUCCAAGUCAUUCCUAUUUUUCUUUCGGGAUCAUUUGCGGUCGACUUUGGGGAUCACUUGCGGUCGAGGAUCAUUUGCGGUCCACUUUGGGGAUCAUUUGCGGUCUCGGGAUCAGUUGCGGUUGGGGAUCAUUUGCGGUACUGUACAAUACUGACCACAGUGAGUACUGACUACAGUGAUUAGGGUUAGCACUAAAAAUAGUGAUUUGGGUUAAACAAUUACCAUACUGAUUAGGGGUAACCACUGGCUCGAAACGGUUAACUUUGCUAAUUGCGUGCGGGGGAAAUAAUUGUGUAAGUGAAUGAGAAAUCAUAGGAAGGUAGAAAAGGGAAAGUUACAAGCAUUGUUUUUUUUUUCUCUUUCAGCAUGGGUUGGCUCAUUCGCAAUGUCAGCUAGCGGUCUUUUCGGUCCUUUAGCCGGGAGAUUGACAAAUCACUUUGGUGCCCGUAUUGUUGUGGCCUGUGGAUCAUUAAUAUGUGCGGGUGGUCUUCUUUUUACAUCUGUAGUUCCUGGUUUACAUCUAAUGUUCUUGACAUAUGGUGGUAUUUUUGGGUUUGGUUCAAGCUUAGUUUAUAUGGCUAUUUACGAGAUAGUUCCCCGUUAUUUUGUCAAAAAUCGUUCCGUAGCAACAGGAAUAAUUACAAUGAGCGUAGGAGGUGCUUUGGUGGUGAUGACCCCGGUGUGUGAGGCUUUGUUAACAGCAUUUGGUUGGAGGAGGACGUUUGCCGGACUGGGCUGCUUAGCAUUCCUUGUUUUCUUAACCAGUUGGGUAUUUGAUCCCAACGUGGCAGACGAUGAGACUCAUGCGGCAGUUAAAGAUUUUAAGGAACCCAUCGACAAGCACAGGGAAAAAGUACUGGAUUUGUCGAUGUGGAAAAACAGAAGUUUUGUAGUCCUCAACCUUUCGCAGCUUGUCAUCUAUACUGGGCAUCACUUGGUACCACUUCAUCUGGUAAGCCAGCCAUCCUUUAAACUUGAAACGUUUUUGUGUUUUACUCUAUCGUGUUUUCCACCAAAACAGCCUAGCAUUUUCCAUGUUCAGGCAAACACUUGAAAAUCCCAGUUUCAGAGUUUUGUACUAUUCUUUCUUUCUUACGAUGCAGAUAUUUAAAAAAAGUUACUUUGUAUUCAUUGUUUUGAAAAUCUGAGAUCAAUUUAGGUUUCUGGCAAACUGCCCACCUACUCCUCCCCUAACCCAACAUUUUGCCCUAAGGGAGAAGCAAGUGUUAAUGUUCACUUAGGAGAGGGGUAGGUGGGUAGUUUUCCGGAAACCUGAAUUGAUCCCAAAUCUGUCCAUUCAAAGCUUUGAAGUAUGAAUUCUUUUAAGUAAUUUACACUAGUUACCAUUCACUACUUAUGCUUAAUAAUUUCUCAGGUUUGGAGGUGUCAUGUCCUUCGCUAUAUGAAUGGCUCUAGGCACCCUUUUUCCUUUUUUUAUGAUCAUUCAAUACUGUCAGAGUGUCAGAGCGCUUAUGAUUUUGUUAACUACUACUUUUGCUCCUUGAAAUAUCGGACUAACUAAAAAAGAGUUCCUUUUGUGGUGGUGCCAGCCUUGCUAUUACUUAAGCAAUAAACCACACUUUCUAUCGGUUUACCGGCGUGACAACCCACGCGGAAUGUUGGGAGAACAUUCGGCUCGUAAUUUAUAGGCUUUUUUUCUUUUCGAGUGUUCUCCCAACGUCCCAAGUGGGUUAUCACGCCGGUAAACCCAUAGAAAGUGUGGUCUAUUGCUUUUAUAAAAUAACUUCAGAUAAAAUGGAAAAUGUUUCAGUUUUCUAUGAGUUUACCGGCUCAAUAAACAAUAGGUUUUUAACCAACCAGAACGAGCGUACUAUCUUAGUUAUCUUAUAAAAAUGUUUAUCUAAACUGUUUAGGUAAUAUUCUCAUGGAUGAAGGAAUUCUCAGCAAGAUUAUUAACGUUGCUUUUUCAUCCUUUCAAAGGCGAAAUAUUGUGAAGAUCUUGGUAUUGAAGAGGACCAGGUAAUUUGGCUUUACAUGUGUAUUGGACUAGUAUCUCUUCUAGCCAGAUUACCAGGCUCCAAGCUUUGUGACGUCAUCAGUCCACUAAAAGUGUUGUUCGUGUUUGCGAUCGUCAGUGCACUAUCUGCGCUACUAUUACCUUUGGCAACUACUUUGAUUCGACUUCUCUGUUACGCAUCUGUUUAUGGCCUUGCCGAUGGAAUGAUGGCAAUUGGGGGAAUUCUGUGUUGCUUGCAAAUGCUGACACCGAAGCAGAAAGCCCAAGGCCUUGGUUUUUAUUUACUCUUCAACUGCAUCGCUUUUCUAUGCGGACCACCAAUUGGAGGUAAGUUUAUUGAAAGAUGAUUCAAGUUAUCUCAAUAGUUGUUUUCCUUAUUAUCAUAGUAUUCUCUUUAGAGUGCAGAUUUACCCUCGUAAAGCCCCUUUCAAAUUAAACAGCCACAAUAUUGUCACAGUAUCGUUCACCACAAUAUUGACACAGCAUUUUUCACCACAAUAUUGUCACAACUGACAGCGUAAUAACAUUGUAACAAAAUCGUUACAACAUUAUCGCAAAAUCGGCUCAACAUUAUCACAUCUUCACAACAUGUCAGAGCAUUGGCUAAAUAGUUUGAACAUCGUCACAACAUCAUGUCAACAUUGUUACGACAUUGUCACCGCACUUGCGAUGAAAUGUUAGUACUUGUUAUGAAGAUAUUGUGAGCAGGUGCCUCACGGCUUUUCAACUGGGCUUAGGCCCCGUCCUCGGCCACGCGUAUCUGUUUUUAUUCAUUUUCCCAUGUACAUGUAGCUAACGAUUAGGAGCUAUAUGGCCGUUCGAUUAAGUAAUCAGCGCAUGCUCCGCACAUGUCCAAUACACUCGACUUGAGUCGGUUGCCCUCACCCGCAGGCGGAUCGAGUCAUAUCGCGACCGGAACCGGAAAUAGGCGCAAGGCGCUUUGAUCAGUGCUACCAGAGGUAAGAGGUUAACAGGAGGAGGCGGGUAGAAGAUGCUGGCAAACAGACUCGAUCGGAUCCGAUGGAGACUGUUCGUUCGGGCAAGAGUCGAUCGGACUCACCGGAAAUCAGUUCACGAGAGACUUGGAAAAUAUACAGCAAAGUAGCAUCAGAGAAGGUAGAAAAUGCACUGUUCUGUAAGCCAUUGAUGAGGCCAAACAAGCGCGCAGCACAUGUAAUAUACGCCGUUCUUGAACCAUCGCCCCCUCCUCAAGUCCUCUCCUCAAGUCUCUCGCGAACUGACUUCCGGUGUGUCUGGUUGUUCAUGGCUUUCGUCCAUCGGAUUCAGUUUGGGUGUAUUGGGCAACCCUCGUGAUUUGAAAAUGAACGCAAAUAGCCCACGUCCGAUAUAUUAACCAUGACUCCGAGGCUUUCUGGUCAUUUUUCUAUAUUUGGUUUGGUUUUCUUUGUGCUCAAGUGAAAAAUUUGCAAAUUUGUCCCUUAAGCCUCGGAGUCAUGUUCGAAUUUUAAUAUAUCGAACGUAGGCUAUUGUUCGGUUUUUAUUGUCGCUGUGUGUGUCAGCUUGUUUUGCCAUAAAGAAAACCCUAUUAUAUAGCAUAACUUUAAUUUUGGGAGGGGGACCAGACGACUCGUAUAUCAUACACAGCGCAGUCAAUCUAUUCUUUUUCUCUCAUUAAUUCCUGUCAUAUUGUUGGACUUCCAGGUUUGAUAGCAGAAAAGACCAAUUCGUAUCAUGCAGCUUUUAGGUUUGCUAGUGGACUUGAGUUUCUAGGGCUUUUUAAUUUUGGAUUAUAUUUAUGCCUUAAUGAGAAGUUGUCACGGAAGAGGAUCGAAAUCGAACCUGAGACAACCCCUUUAGCCACCUUGUGUGUGAUAGAAAAGGAAACUGUUUUGUAAAGAUCUUAUCAGUGUAGAAAAUAUGGGAAGAGCCCUGCUACCCGCUUAAUUUUAGACGAAACCGGGACCAACAGGUCUCCAUCUCGAUCUCGUACCAGAUCUCCCACGUUCACUUUUCACCUAAAGACAGAGUGAGAUCUGGUUAUGAGAUGACGCAGGUUUCCAGAGCGUGUCGGGCAGCACGCCCCCAAACAACAAGAGAGACUUUAAGCAAAUCUUUUACAGUGACCUCCACUACGGCGGCCGGAAUUUAAAAAAGCCAAAAAUGACGUAAAGCGCAUGCUUGGAAAUGACCUUUCGCCGUUGCGCCAAAUCUUAC